AUGAAGCACGGCAUCCCUGCUGACCUCGGAGGUGCUUUUGCGCAGCGUGGGAAGCAUACCGGAGAGGCUGUCGCGCUUCUGCAGAAUCUGUGUGACACUCUACAAUCCGAAGUAAUCCCCUUGCCUUUCAACUACGUUACCUUGCUAAGAACCUCAUGUCUGUUGACGACGAAGGUUAGCAAAGAAUGUGACGAGCUUCUGCGAGAGGUUUUCCCUGAAUACGCAGCGGGAGAAAAGCGCAUGCUAGAAAGAGAUCUGAUGCACUCUCCUGCUGUGCACUUGAUCCUGGUGGCACUGGACAACGGGAACGGAAAAAACACUGAAAAAUCGAUUGUCUCUUUGUUGAAGAAAGCGGCGGACGUAAGCGAUGGCAUUGUCGGUGGGCCGUUAGGAGGGCUUGUGACAACUGUUCUGGAGCAGGAUCACGACAUGUCGUUUGUUGACUCUGUUAAUUACUAUGAUGACGGACACAGUCAGACAUCAAAACAGACGAAGGGUUGA